GGUACGUCUUCCCACUUACUUUACAAUACCACUACCGCCUGCUCGAAUUCGUCCUCCAUCCCCACCGCUUUCCUCUUCCCCCACCCCUUCCUCUUCAACAUGAUGCUCGUCCAGAAACAACCGAACUUCAACAUAUCAUCGCCACACUUCGCACUCAACCACCGGAGGCAUCCAUCAGCCCCUCCAGCCGUCGUCGUGCAAGCAACACGUACUCCGGGCCUUUUGUCAAUUCAACGAGCUCAGCAACAGCAGCUGCGAGCAAAGGCGUCUCCCAAACCAAGACAGGCGGUUGCUCAUCGUGUUUUACAGCCGGUGCGACCGGAAACACAACAGCAGCUGUUGAAGCCUUCACCAGAGAUCGUCGAGAAGAAGCCUUCACCACAGCUCUCGCCAGAGAAACGAGGCCGACAGCCAGCAAAGGUCAAGGCCAAGACGGCAAGGAGUUCUUCCCAUUCAUCUGUUCGAGGUCGUCGUAAUCAUACCCGUCAACCCUCCCCGCCGAAUUCGAUUCAGAACCCCUCGCAGGCAGAGGUCCCUUCAACACCGCCACGCAAAUCUACGGCUGCUAACAUUUUCGAUUCCUUUUCGGACGAUUCCGUCUCUCCACCUGUGCGCGCGGCUCCUACUCUCGCUUCGCAUCCUUCUGGAAAGCUCGCCCGUCGCAGGCAAACUCAGGCGGCGAGUUCUUUCAGUACUCCUCCGGCCAGGGCUAUCCCUGUUCCCCAGCGUCCGAACUCUAUUCCUCCGACGCUUUCUCGGUCUUUGCCUGCUCGACCAUUCAAGGGCAAGACCACUCCUGACACUUCCAAUUGGAAGCCUUUCCCUAUUUGCGACGACUCUACGGAGGUUGGAAGCAUUUUCGAUGACUACAGCCCUCCAAUGACCCCUACUCGCCAGCGCCCUUCUCGGUCCAAGCGCUAUGACGACGGUCCUCGCACUGCGCCUCUAACGACUUCAGUGGCAACAUUUCCGUUCAACUUGUCGCCGAACCCUUCGGCGCCGAGGAAGAACCGCCGACAUGUUCGCACUCCCAGUGAUGGGGUCUUCCAUAUGUCGGAUGAGGAUGUGUCUUCCCAGUCCAUCAGCGAAGACUCUUCGAGUUCAGACGAGAUGCCCGCAGGACCCAAGCGGAAGGCGUUGCGUGCCCCUCGACCUGGCAUGACACAGCAAGAGAUCGAAGGGUACUUCGCGAGUUCUACCUUCCAAAACUCACCAAGCCCGGAGGAGCUGCCACCACCCGCUUUUCUGUAAUUUUAUUCUAUCUAUUGCUAUUAGUGCGCUGGAGUGUGGAGCUCCUGGAUUUAAAACCUCCUAGGGUCGUUAGAUUCGUCACAUCGCUUUCAUUGAUACCCCUCUCUCCUCCGCCACGACCUCGUUGAACGGCCAUCGUGUUUUUUUAGCAUCACUCUGAAAAUCACUAUCAUUAUUCCAUUCCUCUUCGCCUUUCUCGGGGUUCGUCGUGGUUUCCCUGGGAGUUCAGUCAACUUGUAUCAUCAUCCAGCUCGCGACCCCUUAGACUGGGAUCAACUCCACCUUCCGUGCCACUAUCAUAAUGU